CGCUGUUCUGUGUUCUGAUGGAGAGACGGUGCUCGUUGCCUUCAACCCUGCGUAGUGCAGGAUUUUUUACUAACCGGUCAGAUUUACCGCAGACUCCGUUGUCUUUCAUCACAGCUACAUGUUGUAGACUGACACAACGAGCCCGAUGUCUGUGGCAAAUGCGAAACACACUGUGCUGAAUCCGGUGGUCCCAUACACAGGGCCCAUUCCUGGUGGCCUGCACCCUGGGGAGAUCAUCAUCAUCCAAGGCACUGUGCCCCCAGAUGCUGACAGGUUUCAGAUCGACUUGUCAAGUGGCUGCAGCACCAAGCCGCGCUCUGACGUCGCCUUCCACUUCAGCCCUCGCUUCAAAGGCUCGCCCUGUGUGGUUUGUAACUCCCUGAAGCACGAGAGCUGGGGCAAAGAGGAGACACUCCAUCAGCUGCCCUACAAACGUGGAGCCCCCUUUGAGACUAUCAUCCUGGUGCACGAAGGCGUCUUCAAGGUGGCAGUAAAUGGUGCUCACCUGCUGCAAUACAAGCACAAAAUCCCACUAAACAGGGUCGACACCUUUUCUAUUUCUGGGAAUGUCACAGUGCACGCUAUUGGCUACAUCCCAACCUCAGCGAUAUAUUCAGAAUCAGGUGACUUGAGCCUACCUUACAAAGGCAGUAUACUAAAAGGGAUGAGCCCUGGACAGCAUAUAACAAUCAAAGGGCAGGUCUGCAUGUACCCUCACAGUUUUACAGUGAACCUCCGCACCAGGAAGACGGAGAACAUCGCCCUUCAUCUGAAUCCCCGCAUGAAGUCUGGCAUGUUUAUCAGGAACUCGUACCUGAGUGAAGCCUGGGGUCAAGAGGAGCGUGAGCUGCCCUUCUUUCCCUUCUCAUCAGGGGAAUACUUUGAGAUUCUCAUCCUCUGUCAGCCUCAUCAGUUCAAACUGGCAGUGAACGGCUCUCACUUGUUUGAGUUCAGACAUCGGGUGCAGGACCUGAGCAGCAUUGACCAGUUGGAGAUCAUGGGAGACCUAGAGCUCACAGAUGUGAAGCUGUGGUGACUGUAGGCCUGCUAAAAACACAGCGUAGCAGACGCUGCUGCGUUGUGGUUUUUCGAUGCUAAAUCAACUUAGCCGCAAUGACCAAGACAGAGGACGCUGAAAACAGCAAACCCCGUGCAACCUCAGGAAAGGGUUGUCUUGCAUCAACCAUAGAUCUUUGAUUUUAAGCUAGUCUAGCAUUGUUAGCAAACAAGGACAAUGAACAGGCCUGACUACCGAGUGUUUAUGGUCUGUGUCGACUGGUGCAUGAGAGUUAGCUGCUCUGGAGCAUCGGGGUGUGAGCCACCAUGACUGUUUACAGCUACAGCUUAGGUUUGCCUUAGUUUGUUUCUUAUUCUGUCUUUAGUGCAUCUCUGCUGUGAUGUUCCCUUAGUGCACUGUAUAUUCAAAACAGGACAUGUGUGUAAAUAUGAAAAAGCACUCUCAAGUACUGGCUUUGUUUAAAUGCCAAUAUGGACAUUGAUUACAGACAAUGAAUGAUACUGAAGGGCUCCAUUCUUUCAGAGGCCCACUGAACAUGUGUUUCUUGUACAGAAAAUCUAAAAUGCUUCAGAGCAUUUUUUUCUCAAGUAAAUAGGACGUGUCUUCUAAUGGCACGCUUCAAUUUCUUUGUUUCAUUCUUUACUCUUGAACUCAUUGUACUUUAAAAGGUCAUAAUCCUGAGGGUUCUGAAACACAUCAAAGUGUGUUCACGCACUCGCCAUUUAAAUCCACUGAACAAGUAACAGUGCAGCAGAGGUCGAGCACUGCGCAGUACAGGGUCAGCUCAAUAUAUGAAUAUUCAGAAACAUUUUUGCAAUCUUUACGCAAGUCUUAGACUAUUGUACAUGCCUGCAUCUGUGACCAUCACUUGUUAACCUACGCUCCCACUCUGCGCUGCAAUGAUCAAUUCUGCUCCAAAUAUUUAAGAAACAAAAAAAACAUCCUGAAAAAAAAAAAAAAAAA